UCAGACGGGAUUAGAGUCUCGGGCGACACGAACAGCUGUUGUGGUUCCGGCCCGGUGAUCGUGAGGAUAACUGCUCUAAAUACAGGAGAGACCUGCUGGCGUCUGCCGGAGGACGCUGCUGCGGGAGGCGAGGAAGACUGGCCUCGGGCUGGUCCUCCAUCCCGAACCCAUCCAGGCCUCGGACUCCAUCGUUCGGACUGAUUCACGAUAUGGAAGGAGGGGAUUUUCGAUCACAGUGAGGGGACAUGUCUGCUCACCUCCACACUUCUUCCCAUCCACGGACAGGCAGCGACACGGCCGCUGGUGAUGAAGCCGCUUCCCGUACGCGCUCAGCGGCUGAGGGUUCACUAGCGGUCGGCCGGAGCUCUGACAUGACCGGGAACUUGUGUCAGCUUUGUUGACCCUCAGAUUUGGACCUCAAUCGACUACAUGCUGAUUUCCUUUUUGUGACUCCGGUGACUGCAUCAGUCGGCCUCCUUUUGUGGAUCCACGGCAGGUGAGCAGGUCAGUGAACGCAACAGCUGGCUACGCCACAACAGAAUGAAGCUAUGUGGAUGGAGAAGCUCCCUGUGACUGACACGAACAGAGAAGCCACCGGGAGAGCAGAAACACUGGCAGCAGGACACUUGAGUUGCAGAGCCGUGUUCUUCAGAGAGCCAGGAUGGGGGGCGGAGACUUUAGGAUGUCGCAUGGCAACGACAGCAUGGACGGCUCAGCUGGGCCGAUGCCAGCAGUGGUGGCCACCACCGGGGACUCGGUAGCAGAGAGUCACUCCUCUGCUGUCAAGCUGGUGCUGCUGGGACUGAUCAUCUGCAUCAGUCUGGUGGGCAACCUGGUGGUGUCUCUGCUGGUGCUCCGGAAUCGGGCGCUGCACAAAGCGCCUUACUAUUUCCUGCUGGACCUUUGCCUGGCUGACACCAUUCGCUCAGCUAUUUGCUUUCCCUUCGUGCUGGUGUCCAUCAAGCACGGCUCAGCAUGGACCUACAGCGUGUUGAGCUGCAAAGUGGUGGCCUUCAUGGCCGUGCUCUUCUGCUUCCACGCUGCAUUCAUGCUGUUCUGCAUCAGCGUCACACGCUACAUGGCCAUCGCACACCACCGCUUUUACUCCAAGCGCAUGACGUUCUGGACUUGUGUGGGUGUUGUGUGCAUGGUGUGGACACUGUCUGUGGCGAUGGCUUUCCCGCCUGUUUUCGACGUAGGCACCUACAAAUUCAUCCGCGAGGAGGACCAGUGCAUCUUUGAGCACCGCUACUUCAAGGCUAAUGACACCUUGGGCUUCAUGUUGAUGCUGGCAGUGCUGAUCUUAGCCACCCACAUUGUCUAUAUGAAGUUGCUUCUCUUCGAGUACAAGCAUCGUAAAAUGAAGCCAGUCCAAAUGGUACCAGCCAUCAGUCAGAACUGGACCUUCCACGGACCGGGGGCGACGGGGCAAGCAGCUGCCAACUGGAUCGCCGGCUUCGGUAGAGGCCCCAUGCCUCCAACUCUGCUCGGCAUUCGCCAGAACUUGCACAACCAAAAUAGACGCCUUCUCGGAAUGGAAGAAUUCAAAGCCGAGAAGCAGCUCGGCAGGAUGUUUUACGUGAUCACGCUGCUGUUCCUGGUGCUCUGGUCUCCCUACAUAGUGGCAUGCUACUGGAGAGUGUUUGUCAAGGCGUGCACAAUACCACACCGGUACCUGUCCACGACUGUGUGGAUGAGUUUCGCCCAAGCUGGCGUCAACCCAAUAGUCUGUUUCUUCCUGAACAAAGACUUGAAGAAAGGGCUCCUUUCCCAUUUACCAGCCUGCUGCAGGACUAAACCGCAUUUGCCACAUGAGCCUUAUUGUGUCAUGUAAGAGCCGCAGAGACUUGGGAACACAUCGUACGCACAUGGAUUUCAGCAACAAUUGUGCUACUCUUGUCAAUGAAAAGUACCUUUAAACAUGAGUUUUCAAAAGCCUAGUUAAUGUACUCCAACCAGACUUUAAAAAAUAAAAGUGGAAUUUCAGUCAAGCGACUUUGGAAUUCUACACAGACACGACAACCAAAAAAAGGAAAGGAAUUGGCCAAGUAAGUUUAAAACAAUGGAUGAGAGUGAGGCCGAUAGUCAUGUGUCUAAACCUCCCAAAUUAUAACACAUGGAAUCACUUGAACCAACAGACAGUUGUGUGGACGUACAGUGUGUUCCCUUGCUAAAGUGUGUCAUGAAAGUGACCAAGAUUCCUUCCAUGUUUGGAAGCCAACACUGGAAUGAUGGGUGGCUGACAACAGGGAAUUAUUUUGAUACUAACCGUGAGUGGAAUGUGAGCCAAACAAACAACCAAGAUCAACAAUAUUAGUGACUAAAAGAAUGUAGAGGAAGAAAACUUUGAGCACACAUAAGGAAUACAACCAUAAAAGCUCUCAUUUCCAUGUGACUUUAGAUCAUCUGAGUUUGAAAACUUGAGUUUCUCCUUCCAUGUUGUGUUAUGAGAAAGCAGAAAGUGGCAAAAAUGGACAGAUUUUUUUAGAUGUCAAACACUGCAGUUUCUUAUGAGUACAAGAGUGGUAACUUAAUAGUUCCCUUUUGUGGGAUUCUGAGCGUCUCCCCAAGCCAAUAGUCGGUGGAGCUGUGUCAUCCACUAGUGACUCGAACGAAGAGCAUCUUUUUCGCAACAGAAAAAGGGGCAGGAUCAAGUCCAUGUUUGCUUAAAGCUGGAAGCAGUGAAGAAACCAAAUCAAAUAUAGAGCCAAUACGAUGCUAAGGCCAGAAGUAACAAGUAACAACAAGUAACAAGACUCAGCCUUAUGGCGUCGGCAUAGUAACGGCUACGUCUAAACACACACCAAAUUGUAAACUUAUUUUAGACAUAAACAAAUGGAAAAAAAUGUUUUAACCCCAAAUGUUCAAUGAAAAUACACUCACAAAAUGCUAACCUCCCAACAAAACUCAGUCAGUCAUAAUCCUAACUUCUCAAUUUGGACGGUUAAUUCCAUGUGUCAUUGUUGCACAAAUUUGUGUUGCAUCACAGCCGGAGCAAAGACAGAAUGUAGAUGUGGUUGUUUUGGUCUUUCUUUUCAGAAUGACUGCCUUACUUUGCCACCAUCAAACUACUCCAGCAAAAAAGAAUGGUCAGUAAACAAUCUGGCGGAAACAAGACUUUGGGACUUUCAGAAGUGACCAGAAGCUGAAGGACUGACCGAGCUCCAGAUUUUUUUGUGGAGUAAAAUCCCUGGACUGAAGAAGAAAAGUCGACGAGAAAGUGUUGAUUUAGUGCUUUCAGUUGCUAUCGGUAGAUUCUUUUUGUUUCUUACUGUGACCUCUGUACUACUAGUGCAUUAUAUUGACACCAAACUACCGAAGGACUCUGCUUUCUUUGUUUCUACCCAGUUUCACCAUGUAAAGCGUGAUAUCAGUUUCUUACAGACAGCAUGACAUUUGUUGCAAAAUAUGAUUGAGGUUAACAAGUGGUGUAAAUGUGGGAAGAAAAUAGAGCAAGAAUUUACCAAAACAGUACGGCUCUUGUGAAAGAAUGGGUGGUGUCGCAGCUAAAGAAGAAGGAAGUCUACCAAGGCUAACGUCCCUCAAAUUGUAAAAUGAUAUGCGGUCAAACGUAUGUUUACAGCAGAUUGAAUGUCUGAUAAUCUCUUGAGAGGAUUUGGUUCUUAGUGCCGACGUGAGCACCUGUGACUCCUAAUGGUGAGGUGCAAUCCUCCGCCCGUCUGUGACAUAAUGGUUUAGUUGGUGACCUGCUGGCCUACAUUCGACACAGGACCACACUUGCCGCACA